GUUGGAUAAAAAAUGCGUUCCAUACUAGACGGUUUUCGGGUGGUGGUUUUUUUAUUAAAGUCAACCGUGUCAAGGCACGGCGAGUGACAAGCGUCGUCAUUUGCAUGGUAAAUAAAUAACACGUUUGCAAAGAAAUAAAAACCGUCGCCGAUUGUCCGUUUGAUGGCGCCAUUUUACACCGUGCGAUGGUAUCAAAGUUGCGGCUAAAGCUCAUCCGCCACGUUCGCACGACAGGGAGCGUCGUUCGUAAAGUUUCCCCUCUCGUGUCGAGUGUUGGCCGCUGCCCGACGCCGCCGUAACGCCACCGCGUGCGCACAUCACCGGAGAUAGCCGCCGCGCUCAUACCGACGUACGUGAGGCGGCACCGUUAUUGUCGCUCGUUGUCGUUCCAUCGCAACAGUCGCCCAUACACCGAUGUCGCGCUGUGCAUUGAUGUUGUGCUCGAUACGUGACGGCUCCCAAAACGGAUGUUUCUUUAUUAACGCGUGAUAUAUUUUAUUGUUUUCUCCACCCCUGAACUUUGUUCCGCGCUAUAAUUUUUCCCGUAUCUCACCACAGUAUCGUAUUGUUUCCAUUUUUAUGACAUCGUCAAUUCUCGUUUGAACGCCAUGUCAACCACUAAGGAACAAGAGCAAGGAGGUGACAUUCAGCAUGGUGAAACAGAUGAGUUUUAUCAUACAGCUCCUCCUGGCCCUGCGAGUCAUAGCCAACAAUCCAUUAGGCGCAGAGGUGGCAUUUCUGCUGAACACGUAUCAGAAGAAGAAGCCACUAGCUAUGUUAAAAAAGUGGUACCCAAAGAUUACAAAACGAUGGCUGCCUUAUCAAAAGCGAUAGCCAAAAACAUUUUGUUUUCUCACCUAGACGAAAAUGAACGAUCGGACAUAUUCGAUGCCAUGUUCCCAGUCACGUUCCUACAGGGUGAAUCGAUUAUACAACAAGGUGACCAGGGUGAUAACUUCUAUGUAAUUGACGUUGGCGAAGUAGAGGUGUAUGUCAACUCUGAACUGGUGACAGUUAUUGGCGAAGGCGGUAGUUUUGGCGAACUUGCUCUUAUCCACGGGACGCCUCGUGCUGCAACAGUACGUGCUAAAACUGACGUAAAGCUCUGGGGCUUAGAUCGAGACAGUUACAGGAGGAUACUCAUGGGAUCGACUAUCAGAAAGAGAAAAAUGUAUGAGGAAUUCUUGUCACGCGUCUCUAUACUAGAGAGUCUUGAUAAAUGGGAGAGACUGACCGUAGCCGAUGCUUUAGAACCCGUCUCUUUUGACGAUGGCGAAACUAUUGUCAGGCAAGGCGAACAGGGAGACGAUUUUUAUAUAAUCGUCGAAGGAACGGCACUAGUCUUACAACAAAGAGUAGAAGGCGAAACUAUGAUAGAAGUAGGCCGGCUGGCGCCAUCUGAUUACUUUGGUGAAAUUGCACUAUUACUGGAUCGUCCUCGUGCUGCUACCGUCAUCGCCAAUGGACCUCUGAAGUGCGUUAAACUGGACCGAGCUAGGUUUGAAAGAGUAUUAGGCCCGUGUGCAGACAUCCUAAAAAGAAAUAUCACACAAUAUAACAGCUUUGUGUCGUUGUCUGUGUAGAAACCUGAGAUUGUUUUAUGUAAACAAAUAAUAAUUAUUACGAUUGUUUUAGCCAAAACUAUUGUUUGUUAAAUUUAAUUAUUAUUAUUUUUAUUUGUUUUUCAUUGCCGUGUUGCAUACUAUUAAAAAGUUGUUUAAUAUAAAUCAAAUUUUUCAAAAAUGUAAUAUUAAGUUACUGUUAACGUGCUAUUAUUAAUAUUAUUAACUAUUAUAAAUGUAAAAAAUUGUAAAAAAAAUCUAAAAAUUCAUAAUACAUUGUAACAUAUUGAGUCAUUUUAAAUUAAGUUAGGUAUUUAAGGUAAUUGCUGUUAGUCUCGACCGUUUUUAUAUAUACAUUAUCUCAAGUGUAGUAAUUUCAUUAUUAUAAUUAAUAAAUUAUUGUUUAAAAUGAAAAUUUUCUUCCCGUAUAUUUUGUUACAUAUUGAACUGAUAAUGUUAUAAUCAAUUUUUAAAGAUUGUCGCCACUGAAAAUGUCAAGUCGAAAAUUGAUAAUUGAUUAUCGUAUUGCGUUGAAAUUUUUGUGCCUAUUUUCUCUUAUUUGCUGACAUAGCUUCAGGUCGGUUAAAGGGUUAAUGGUUUUACAUAAAUUAAUAUUUAUACAUAAUUAUAUUUAUAUACUUGUAUAUUUAUUUUUUGUAUACAAUUACGUACAGUUGACUUUUACAUUUAAAUAAAUUACAUAUAAAUGUUUGGCAAUGAAAAUAUUUUAAUUGUUUUAUUCGGUUAAAUAAUUUUCUAAUUAUAGUUUAGACAUGAUUUUAAUGUAUUAUAAUUGUCAUUUUACUA